UCGGAGUUAGAGCGACACCUCCUGCUUGUUCGCAUCGAGGCAUCUGACGCAUCCUCGUGUGGAUGAAUCGAUUGGUGCAGCGAAUAACGUCACAGAACACGAGACAAACAUGGAGAGAAAGACUCCGGACGCGUCCUCACCUGCGCCGAAACUUCGUACACCUGCUCAGAAACAGCUCCUUAAAAGACAGCAGGAACUGGAAUACUGGAAGAGGCACUCAAAACAACUGCGGAGCCGUAAUUUGAUCACGGGCCUGACCAUCGGAGCCUUUGUGGUGGGCCUAUUCAGCUACACCAUUCUCUCAGUCAGGCAGGAGAAAAUCAUGGAAGAGAUUGAUGAUGAGGCAAAGAUCUUCGUCAUGAAAGGGCCUCGGACAGGGGCCAACUCUUAGAUGCUCCUCUGUCUCAGUGGUGCCAACUUUGCCAUGUUGGCAGGACAGUUAACAUUUGUCUUGAUGUGUGAGACUGUGGAUCGCUUGCAUUCAGUGUCAAAAAACAUAUUUUCCUGUGGCCACAUGAUAUGGUACAAAGCAAAAUGCCCUAAUGAACUUGUUAACUGUUGGGGGGGGGUUUGAUUUUUUUUUUUUACUAAGGAAUUAUUUCAUUAUAUAUUUAUUUAUUU